AUGUUAUUUCUGAUUUCCACACUGUAUAUACUUAUCUAUCUAUCUAAUAUAUCUAUCUAUCUAUCUAAUAUAUCUAUCUAUCUAUCUAAUAUAUCUAUCUAUAUGAAUGAGAAAAAAACAGUAGUUUGUGAUGAGUUUGCAUUCAGUCUAUAUCUAUCUACCAUUUAUCUAUCUUUCUCUCUCUCUUCCAGCCAGUCUAUAUCUAACAUUUAUCUAUCUUACUUUCUCUCUCUUUCAGCCAGCCCAUAUCUAUCUACCAUUUAUCUAUCUUACUCUCACUCUCUCUUCCAGCCAGUCUAUAUCUAUCUACCAUUUAUCUAUCUUACUCUCUCUCUCUCUUUUAGUCUGCUCACCUUUAUCUACCAAUCUAUCUAUCUUUCUCUUUCAGCCAGUCCAUAUCUAUCUACCAUUUAUCUAUAUUACUCUUUCUCACUUUCAGCCAGUCCAUAUCUAUCUACCAUUUAUCUAUCUUACUCCCUCACUCUUUCAGCCAGUCUAUAUCUAUCUACCAUUUAUCUAUCUUUCUCUUUCUCUCUUUCAGCCAGUCCAUAUCUAUCUACCAUUUAUCUAUCUUACUCUCUCUCUCUCUUUCAAUCAGUCAAUAUCUAUCUACCAUUUAUCUAUCUUACUCUCUCUCUCUCUCUCUCUCUCUUUCAGCCAGUCCAUAUCUAUCUACCAUUUAUCUAUCUUACUCUCUCUCUCUUUCAGCCAGUCCAUAUCUAUCUACCAUUUAUCUAUCUUACUCUCUCUCUCUCUUUCAAUCAGUCAAUAUCUAUCUACCAUUUAUCUAUCUUUCUCUUUCUCUCUUUCUGCCAGUCCAUAUCUAUCUAA